AUGUUUGCUUUCCUGGGGUUGAUGGUUUCCCUGUUGACCCUUGGAGCUUGUGCCCCGUUGCAAGGACCAAGCUCCCGCAAGAAGCUCCUACUGGUUUCCUUUGAUGGUUUCCGCUGGAACUACGACCAGGAUGUGGACGUCCCCAACCUGGAUGCCAUGGCAAAAGACGGGGUGAAAGCACGUUACAUGACUCCUCCCUUUGUUACCCAGACAAGCCCGUGUCACUUCACCCUUCUUACAGGAAAGUACAUUGAGAACCAUGGGGUGAUUCAUAACAUGUGGUUCAACACCAGCACUGGGCAGAAGCUUCCUUAUUACAACACACAGGGGGUGUCUUCCUGGUGGGACAACGGAAGCCUCCCUAUUUGGAUCACAGCACAAAGGCAGGGUUUGAAGACAGCCUCCCUUUUUUUUCCUGGGGGGAACGCCUCCUACCAAGGAGAACAGGUGAAUGUCAAGAGAGUGGAAGGUCUCUUUUUCAAGUACAACAAUGAGACUGAGUGGAGGCAGAACAUCGAUCUUGUCAUGAAGUGGUUCACCAAAGACAAUCUUGACUUCAUUGCCCUUUAUUUCGGAGAGCCCGACUCCACAGGACACAAAUAUGGCCCAGAGUCUCAGCAGAGGAAAGACAUGGUUGCUCAAGUGGACCGGACAGUUGGUUACUUAAGACAGAGCAUCAAGGAGCAUGGCAUGAACACAGAACUGAACUUGAUCAUCACAUCUGACCAUGGCAUGGAAACAGUAAUAAAAAAGGAUGAAAUUCACCUCCAAAAAGUGGCAAACUUCUCUUUUCGAGACAUCCAGUUUGAGCUGGUAGAUUAUGGACCACAGGGGCUACUGCUGCCAAAACCAGGAAAACUAGAGCAAGUUUAUGAGGCCCUGAAGUACGCUCACCCCAAACUCCAUGUCUAUAAGAAAGAAGAAUUUCCAAAGAGAUUCCAUUAUGCCAACAACACCCGGAUCACACCUCUUGUGUUGUACAGUGACCCUGGCUAUGUCAUCCAUGGGAGAAUCAAAGUGCAAUUCAACAAUGGGGAACACGGCUUUGACAAUGAAGUGAUGAAUAUGAAAACCAUAUUCCGGGCUGAAGGACCAGCCUUCAAGAAGGGCCUGGAGGUGGAGCCUUUUGACAGCGUGAAUGUUUAUGCCCUCCUUUGCGAACUCCUGGAGAUCACAGCCGAGCCCAACGAUGGAUCCUUGAAUGCCACAUGGAACAUGCUCCUCAAGUCUGAAGGUCUGGUUUUACUCAGUAGACCUGGGUCCAACAAGAUUUCUUCUCAUUCAACUUGGGAACUGGCAUUGGUGCUGAGUUUAGUUGCAUUCGUGGGAUGUGCGGUGGGGAUUGCUUGCUAUGUGCUCCUGUAA